AUGCCAUCAGACCGGUAUAACAUAAUGGAUGAUUAUGAGGGAAUAUCACUCGUUGAUGUUUAUGACAUCGUGACUGAUUUUGCUAAAGAACUGAGAGCUAUCAUGGAAAUUUAUGGUGCUGAACCUCUUAAUAACAUUAUGAGUAAAGUUAUUACCAUAUUAGAACAUCUUGAAGCUCAAUCUGUUAAAAUUGGAAAGUUAAAUUCUCAAUUACAAGAAAAGGAAUCUAUAAUUUUAAAGCUUGAAAAAGACAAAGUUGAUAAAGCUGCAGAUAGACAGCGAUUUGAUAAGGAGCUGGAGCAAAUUGAGGAACAUUGGAGAGAAGAAUCUCGUGAAAUGGUUGCAAUGAUGAAUCGUUUACAGGAAGAAAAUCGUAAACUAGUGAAAUCUCUGGCUGACAAACAGGAUUCAUCAGUUAUUCAGAACUCUCAACCUAUUAGUUCGGAAGUGGAUGUAUCAGCAUUGCAAAGAUCUAGAGCUUCUAUUGACAAACUGCGAGAUGAGCUUAAACUUAAAGACAGAGAAAUAAACUCAAAACUAGCAGAAAUAGAAAGUCUUGCUGAUCAAGUUGAUAGGCUGACAAAUUUAAACAAGGAGUUAAGGAGAAAACAAAGACUAAAUCAAGCUCAAAUACGAAGCUUUAUUGAUCAAAAAGCUCAGCUGCAAACCCAACAAUAUGAACUUAAUCGCUUGAGACAAUGCUUGAGUAUUGCUGAAAAACAAAAUAAAGAUAUAGCAGAACAAACAAAGCUGGCUACCACUGAUUGCAACAGUAUUUUAGAUGUUACUAUUGAAGAUUCUCAAAAACCAAAAUUUACAAGUGAUGAGCUUAAGGAAAUAUUAGCUGAAAGGAAUGAAUUAACAGCUCGAAUUUCUGAACUUGAAAAUGAACUCCAAAAAUAUAAACUUAUGAAUCAAAUAGAAGAAGAUGAUGAGCCCUCAACUGAUGAUGAACCCUCUCCUGAUGAUGAAGCUCCUGUUCAGGGUCCUUUACCAUUUGAACCCAAUGAUGCUCCAUGGAGGAAGUCUGAGUCUAGAAUCAGAAAGCUAUUCAGAAAGUUGUUCAAUGAAGCUAAUGUUACAUUACUGGGUAAUAGUCCUAAGAAAAACUUAUCUACUUUUUCAAAAAUGUCGCUGACUUCAAGCCCCCCAGAUUCUCUUCUGUGAAAUGUUCAAGAUGUUUAUUCAUUUUAUUUAUUUAUUUUAACUAAUAUUAUUGAUGUAUUAUAGUUACUUUUAAUCUUAUGAAACACUUAAAAAAUUAUUUAAUAUUUAUGCAGAACAAGUGAUCUAAUGCCUAAAAAUGAGUAACAACUUUUUCUGAAACAAUGAGAUUUAAUAUCACUCUCUUGCAAUAGAUUGUUGAUUUUAUUUAUUGAAGAUACACAGUAGUCCACUGAAAAAGUUAUUUUAUAUUUACAAACUUCAGAAAUAUUUUAAGAAUAUUGAGAUUAACAUCUUUAUGAACUGAAUAUAAUUUAUGUGAUUUUAUUAUUAAAAAAUAAAUCAAAAUAAAAUAUUUAUAAAUUAAAAAUACAAAUAAUAUAAUUAUUUAUGAAGAAUAUUUUACAUUUUACAUUUUGUUCCCUAAUGAAGUACGAUCAGUAUUUAAUGGCUUUGCAAGUUAACAUUUUGAAUUAACUUAACUUUUAAUAUUCAGAGAUAGCAAAAAUUGUAAUGGUUUCCUCUCAUAUCAUGUACUUCUUAUUUGUUGCUUUUCCCCCCCUAAUCUCAGCAUGGAAUAUUAUUGAUUGAUAUCUAAUUAAGCUUAUUUAACGAAAACAUGAUUUUUUUUCUUUUCUUUACUUUCUUAAUCACCCUUUUCCAUCUCUGCCUAUGUUGUGCUAUUUCUUCCCAGUUUGCUACAUGCUCUGGAUUGAUGCAGCUCUGCAGCAUAUUGGUUGAUUCAAUCUAUUCAUCACUUUUGGCAUUCCAUAUGGUCUCUUACCCCUGAAAUUAUUACCCUCCCCUUAAUAACUGGUAAAAAGUCCCGAAUAAUACCGCAUUAGAUUUUUAUGGGUGGAUGGAGAGGAUAGAAAACUGAUAUUUUUUUUUAAUAUUGGCUGAUAGCUCACUUAAAUAAGGAAGUUUUUCUAAUUGUGAGGUAUCUGUUGUCCAAUUGGGAAUUGUAAAAAAACCCACAAAUAAUCCACGACUUUAUGAAAAAUCGAACUUACCAUAGUUUAACUGCCUAAAAGUUCCUUUUAAAUAAUUUAAAAAAAGACAAAUUCUACUUGCAUGUGAUGAAAAUUUUAUCUAGUUUACUAUAAAGCAAUUAGUUGUAACCUAAAUUAAAUGGUUUUUUUAUACUCUCUUUAUCUUUUUCUAUUCAACAAAAAUUGUGGUUGACUUAAAGAAAUACCAAACUUGAAUUUCCUGGUUUUCUAUGUGAAAUUUGAAUAUGGUUUAUUGUAACUUUUUUGUAGGGUUUAAGGCUUGCUAUUACUUGUUAUCAAUUAUAUGAAAUAAAUGUCAAUCUAAAGUUCAUAUCAAUAUCACAAAUUUUCUAAUUGAUUGAUAUCGAAUACAAUUCUGUUGUCAAUGACUUUUUAGAAUCAACAAAAUAAAGAUACUUAGUAAUAAUAGUAAUAAUAAUUUAAACAAUCAAGAAUGUUAUAAAAACGAAUUCAUAUUUAAAACGGCAUCGUCUACUAUGAACAACAUCAAUUUCAUGGUUUGGAGCAAUUUUUGCUUCAAGUGGAAAUGCCAUAAAUAUAACCACAUAAAAAUAUCUCCAUAACCACUGAUUUAAAAAAAAAAUGUACUGGAAAUCUUUGUGAAAAAAGCUUAUAGUUUUUAGAUAUUCCCAGAAAACAAAAAAAAAAAAAAAAUAAAAUUUUUCUCCUUCUCCUUCUCUCCCCAUCAAAACCCAAUGCGGGAUUUUUGUCAGUUUUUAAUGGAGAGAGUUAUGAACAAUUUCUCAUAAGCUUUAUUUAUUUAUUUUUUUUAUGUUUGGGGCAAUACCUGGUUUUACUGUUAUUCAUCCUUUUCCUUCAUGGGUUAGUACUUUGCUCCCUGAUCGCUACAGUUAUCUAACUGACGAUUAUUCUCUUAAAAUUUUCAAUACUUCUUUGUUGGGUGCUGGUUAUUGUCCAGGUCUAUCAGAUGCAUGCAUAUGUAUAUAUAUAUAUAUAUAUAUUUUUUUUUUUUCGGUUGGCACUACAGACCAUGAAGAUCUUUGGCCGCGAGAUGUGCUCUCCUUACAGACAUAUGCAGCUUGCUGGAGCUCAGAUAGCCUGGAGGGGGUCGUCACCCAACCUCAUGUUGGGCCACCCGUAGCUCAAUAGCUGAUCCCUUUGGGGCCAAUCUGGCAAUGUCCUUCCCACCGACUCAAUCGGGUUCAAGGACAGUGACAAAUCAGUCUAGAUCCAUGGAUUAUGGUUGCUUGGAGUCAGGAGGCACACGAGGACCUAUAUUUCUUUCUCCGAAACAGACCAUCCAUGGGCCGAACUUCAGGGGGGGCUAAUAUCCUUGUAAACCACAUCCCGAUUCCCAAUUUAAGUACACGGAGUAGGGUCAUCAGUCCUACAACCAGUCAGUAUGAGUUGCCUCCAGUGUGCUGACAGGCCUCACAUACCAGCGGGAGAAGAGAGACUCGGGCGGCAUGGCUUUCCCUGGUAGACAGUCACCCAUCCAAGUACUAACCAUGCUCGACGUUGCUUAACUUUGAUUACCUAUUGCAAGCGCCUUAGCCCGUUCGGCUACCCCAGCCUCCAUAUAUAUAUAUAUAUAUAUAUUAAAACUUGUUUUAUCAUGGUAUUGUACAUCCUUAAUUUGAGAUUUCUACAGAUUUUUCGGGAUUUUAAUACCGUUUAAAGAGAGAAGGAAGCUCUGUUUGAGCUUGUUAUUAGCUGAUCUAUUGCUGAUUGUUGUUCAUUCAUUGAGGUUAUUGUGAACCCAAGCUAUUUGAAUUUUUAUACUCUCAAGAAUGAUUCCCCUUCUAUGUAGAUCCUGUUGUGGCAUUAGAAUUUUCGUGUUACUAUCAUUUAUUUUAUUUUAUCUUCAUUAGUUGUGCGCCUAUUUGUUCUGCUUCUCUUAUCAUAGUCUCUCAAUGUCUUCUA